CAAAGCUCAUCCGCUGACGUCAUGAUCACCAGGUGGCAGUGCUGUUGAGAGUGAUCCCGUCACUAGGAUGCUAACUUCAUCAAUAGGCUAAGCUACUGAUGAACUCAUAAUGAACAGGCUGUCAGGAGCCUCGUCAUGGAAGCAGAUCAGGGGCUGCCUUUGAAGAGUGGAUCUUGACUUGCUCGAUGCUUGUUGCUCCCUUUGCGUCCUUAGCCGCUGUGAGCUAAGAAAGGAGAAGUGAUGUAACUGGACCAUUCUGAAGACUGAGGCUGGGGUGAAGAGGGAGGCAUGGCCUGGCCACGGUUUUUGCAGAGGGGGGCUCUGCUCACUGGCUUCAGCCACCACCAUGCUGCCGUGUUCCUGCUCACUUUCUUCAGCUAUUCAUUGCUCCAUGCGUCCAGAAAAACAUUUAGCAAUGUCAAAGUCAGCGUUUCCAAGCAGUGGACCCCGACCGCCUUUAACACGUCUGUUGACCUGCCUGCAGAGAUCUGGAGCAGCAACCAUUUGUUCCCCGGCACAGAGGAAGCCACUCUUUUCCUUGGAACACUAGAUACCGUUUUUUUGUUCUCCUAUGCUGUGGGCCUCUUCAUCAGCGGCAUCAUUGGGGAUCGGCUGAACUUGCGAUGGGUUCUGUCAUUUGGCAUGUGCUCCUCUGCGUUUGUGGUGUUUGUCUUUGGCACGCUCACGGAAUGGCUGCACUUCUACAACAAGUGGCUCUACUGUGGACUGUGGGUUGUGAACGGCCUGCUGCAGUCCACUGGCUGGCCCUGCGUCGUUGCUGUCAUGGGCAACUGGUUUGGCAAAGCUGGCCGGGGAGUUGUCUUUGGUCUCUGGAGUGCCUGUGCUUCAGUGGGCAACAUUUUGGGAGCGUUCCUGGCGUCAUCUGUUCUGCAGUAUGGCUAUGAGUAUGCCUUCCUGGUGACCGCGUCUGUGCAGUGUGCUGGCGGGAUUGUCAUCUUCUUUGGACUGCUAGUGUCACCAGAAGAAAUUGGCCUCCCGAGUAUUGAGGCAGAAGAGAACGCGGAAGAAGAUUCACACAGGCCCCUCAUCAACGGUGCUGAAAAUGAAGAUGAAUACGAGCCUAACUAUUCAAUCCAAGAGGACGGGGCUGUCAUCCAAGCAAAGGCAAUAAGCUUUCAUCAGGCUUGCUGCCUUCCUGGAGUCAUACCGUACUCUCUGGCCUACGCCUGCUUGAAGCUGGUGAAUUACUCCUUCUUCUUCUGGCUGCCCUUUUAUCUGAGUAACAACUUCGGGUGGAAGGAAGCCGAGGCUGACAAGCUGUCCAUUUGGUACGAUGUCGGAGGCAUCGUAGGUGGGACUCUGCAGGGCUUCGUCUCGGAUGUGCUGCAGAAGAGAGCGCCCGUGCUGGCCCUCAGUCUGCUGCUGGCGGUGGGGUCCCUUGUUGGGUAUAGCCACUCUCCGAACAAUAAGUCCAUCAAUGCGCUUCUGAUGACCGUUACAGGGUUUUUUAUUGGCGGACCGUCCAACAUGAUUAGCUCGGCUAUUUCUGCAGACUUAGGUCGCCAGGAGCUGAUCCAAGGGAGCAGCGAGGCUCUGGCGACUGUCACAGGAAUCGUUGAUGGAACUGGGAGUAUUGGUGCUGCCGUGGGCCAGUAUCUGGUGUCUUUGAUCCAGGACAACCUAGGAUGGAUGUGGGUUUUCUACUUUUUCAUUCUCAUGACAAGUUGUACGAUUCUGUUUAUCUCACCAUUAAUAGUGAGGGAAGUGUUCUCUCUUGUGCAAAGGAGACAAGCUCACAUACUGAGUGAAUGAUGGCCCACAGGAGAGAGAGAAGGGACUCAGGAGGGCCUGUACGUCUUCAGUGCAGUCGUGUGGAGUCGCCAGAGCACCUGUGGAACCUCACCUUGUCAGGCAUCCAAAACACUGCCAGCUGUCCCAGACUCUGUCGAGUAAGGGCCGAGUUAUUUUUGUACACUACAGCAGUUACUGAUGAUUUUAUUAUUAUUAUUAUUAUUAUAUUUGUGAAUGUACUGAAAGGAAAAGGAACCUGCCGACAUCUUUGUUGGGCUUGUCAACUUAUCCUGUAACUUUACGUGUCAUUUUGGUCCUGGACUCUUGUCCUUCAGCCUUAAUUAAGGGCUAAGGGAGCAAGAGGCAGAGUCAUACAUGUUUGUAUUGAUGAGAAGACUGCUGUGUGACACUCUGAAAGCAGGUUUGCACAGAGUGGGUCACCAUAAAGGCGUCCGAGCAGAGCUCGGGCCAGAAGAAACCACGGCCCCACCUUGGG